UUUUUUUUUUUUUUUUUUGCAUGAUGUUUCGUCGCAGCAUACGGGUUGAUGAUAUUACUGCGCCGUUAUCAUGGUCAGAAAAGGAGAUGGGAUGGGGAUGGGUGGACUUGAUAUCUUGCCUGGAGUGGGAUUGGAAUAUAUAUCCCAUGGCGAGAUCAGUUCCCCCUUGGUACGGGGGAGAGUUUUGAUUAUUGUCUGAGAGUAAUCGCUGGGUAACUUGUACGCAUCUCAUGAUGGAAGGGAUGGUUACUUUUUGCCUUGACCUGAGACGCAUAUCACAUGGGCUAUCAGCUCUUUGCUUCACGUUGGAAGAUGGCAGAUCUACAGCCAUGAGGAAAACGGCGUUAUGGGCGCUUUAGUUUUUGUUUUUGGAAGCUAGAGCUAGAGCUAGAGCUGAAAUGCCGGCGAAGCCAAAACUUUUUUUUUUUUUUUUUUGUCU